AUGGGACAGCGCAGAGGAAUGGGACAGAAGAGAGAAAUGGAACAUCCCAAAGUAAUGGAACACCGCAGAGGAAUGGGACGUCACAGAGGAACGGGACAUUACAGAGGAGCGGGACAGCGCAGAGUAAUGGGACACCGCAGAGGAAUGGGGCAUCACAGACGAAUAGGGCACCACAGAGGAAUGGAGCAUCACAGAGAAACGGGACAUCACAGAGUAAUGGGACACCGCAGAGGAAUGGGACGUCACAGAGGAACGGGACAGAAGGGAGAAAUGGAACAUCAUAGAGUAAUGGGACACCGCAGAGGAAUGGGACGUCACAGAGGAACGGGACAGAAGGGAGAAAUGGAAUAUCAUAGAGUAAUGGGACACCGCAGAGGAAUGGGACGUCACAGAGGAACGGGACAGAAGAGAGAAAGGGAACAUCACAGAGAAAUGGGACACCGCAGAGGAAUGGGACGUCACAGAGGAACGGGACAGAAGAGAGAAAUGGAACAUCAUGGGGCGAAUGGGACGGCGCAAAGGAAUCGGGCAUCACAGAGGAAUGGAGCACCGCAAAAAAAUGGGGCAUCACAGAGAAACGGGACAUCACAGAGUAAUGGGGCAUCACAGAGGAAUGGGACACAGAGGAAUGGGACAUGA